GGUCGGGGGCGUGUCCACAUGGCCCAGCCUCUGACGUUCGCUGCGCUUGUCACUACGGCGGACUCCUCGACUCCAGCAGUGGCUUUGUGACAUUUGAGGAGGCUGUUCGCUCGAGGGCCGCCACUGUCGCGCUUUUGGUGGUUUAUUUAACAGACCGACUUUACGGCAGACCUGCAUGGCAUGUGGAGGAGGACUGCACUGAGCCUCGGGCGACGCCAACUCCAGGGAGGACCUCGAGGACACGCUGAUCAGGUUCCACCAGCCAGUCUUAGGAUGUCACACAAGCGGCCUGCUCGCCGAAUCCAAGGAGUGGAAAAGAACAUCUGGUUGGAGUUCACUAAGAUGGCCGCCGACUAUAAGCCGGUCAAUCUCGGACAAGGCUUCCCCAACUUCUCUCCCCCGGACUUCGUCAGGCAGGCCUUCAGUGACGUCGUCUCAGGAGAAGACUGUCUGAUGCACCAGUACACCCGGGCUUUUGGCCAUCCCAACUUGGUGAAGAUCCUAGCCAAGCUGUAUGGGCAGCUCCUUGGUCAGAGCAUUGACCCGUUUGGUGACAUCCUGGUGACCGUGGGUGCCUAUCAGGCUCUCUUCACGGCCUUUCAGGCGCUGGUGGAUGAAGGAGAUGAGGUCAUCAUCAUUGAACCCUUCUUUGACUGCUAUGAGCCGAUGGUGAAGAUGGCGGGGGGACGUUGUGUGUUUGUGCCCCUAAGACCAAAGGGUACGCCAGACAAGCCGGCGCUGUCCAGUGGGGACUGGGCACUGGACCCUGAUGAAUUGGCCAGCAAGUUCACGGAGCGCACCAAAGCCAUCGUCCUCAAUACCCCCAACAAUCCUUUAGGGAAGGUGUUUAAGCGUGAGGAGCUGCAGGUGAUCGCCGAGCUGUGCUUGAAACACGACGUGGUGUGCAUCAGCGACGAGGUGUACGAGUGGAUCGUGUUUGACGACACGCGCAGCGUCAAGAUAGCUAGCUUCCCUGGCAUGUGGGCACAGACGGUUACCAUUGGAAGUGCUGGCAAGACCUUCAGUGCCACAGGAUGGAAGGUGGGCUGGGCCAUCGGCCCUCAUCACAUCCUGAAGCACCUCCAGACCGUCCACCAGAACUCGGUGUAUCACACGGCCACUGCAGCUCAGGAAGCGGUGGCCCGAGGAUUUCAGAGGGAGUUGGACGUCUUGGGAAGACCAGAGAGCUACUUCUUUCAGUUACCACGGCAACUUCAGGAGAAACGCAACCGCUUGGCGGAGUGCCUGCUGUCGGUGGGCAUGCGGCCCAUCAUCCCUGAGGGGGGCUACUUCUUGAAUGCUGAUAUCUCCGCUCUCAAUGUAGAACUUCCCGACCCCGCUGAUGAUGAGGAGGAGCCCUACGACUAUCGCUUUGCCAAGUGGCUAAUAAAGACGAAGGGCCUGGCCACCAUUCCUGUGUCGGCUUUCUACAGCCCCGGGCACAGGAAGGACUUUGCCAGCUACGUCCGCCUCUGCUAUGUGAAGGAGGACUCGACUCUCGAAGCUGCUGAGAAGAUCUUGAAGGAGUGGCACCUGACAAAGUGAGCCACGUGUGUGAGUGCCAACAUCGGCAUGAUGCCAGGUCCGAUGUGCGCCCCACUUGGACCUCCUGUGUCAGGACUCUUUAAGGUAGUGGUGUAGGAUGAACUAACGCUGCCGUGAUGAUGAUGAUGAUGAUGAUGAAGAACACUUGCCAACCACUCUAAUCUGGUCACUCGUGGCACUGUGUCUUGCUCAUGUCUGAUUUAAUGGGUGAAUGGCAGCGGUGUCACAUUGUUUCUGUAAAGUGUGCCCUGCAGCCUUGUCACCCGACACUCCAAAGGGCCAUCGGUGCCAGCGAGUGACACUGUGCUUGAUUUAUUAAUUUGUGCCGAAUUGUCAAAUCACUAAUGAUGGAGAGACGUGACGGGCCUUUUAGACAAAGUGCCUCCCCGACUGAGCCGCCAGGUCCUGGACCCCCAAAGUUGAACCCGGGCUGAUGUGGCACCGGGUAGGAAUCUAGAAUGUCGCAGGCACAAGUUGUGGCGUUCAAAUCCCAGCUCAGCUCCUGCCAUCGUCAUCGUCCACUUUCUCCAGGCAGAGACUCCUGCAUUAGGCCUAGCGAUGCCAGGCUAGGUGCCAGGGCCCUUAAAUUGGACUAAGCUGCUGUGGCCCGCCAGCGCCAUCUGCCUGUCUCACUCUGUGUGUGUGUGUGGAGUCGGGACAGUCGGACUCCUCAGUGACAUCAUCAGCCCGCGACGUCCGGGUGACGCCCCCUAGCAACACAUCUUGGUGACCAACUUUACAAAAUGGCGGCGGCCACGGCGUUGUGAUGAAAUUCAGACCCCCCACUCUGACGAUGCUGCAGGUCACAGGACCCUGGAGAUUCUUCUGCCCGGGUGCCACACACGUGACUGGCUUUCGAUGGCCGUGUCCUCAAAGGGGCCAAGUUGAGUUUGUCUGCCUGUCUGCCCGUUCGUCUCUCUGGGUUUGCGUGAUUGCAUGAGAUAAGCGAGGGUCUCCAUGAUCAGGGGCUUGAAAUUCAGUGGCAAUAAACUGCAAUAAAUGAAAAGAAGAGCUGC